CAACAGUGUGUGUUUUUGUAAAGGUUGUAUAUUAUCUGCUUAUGAAAGGGGUCAAUAUUUUAAGGUUAGAUUUACACUGGCUGUUGGUAAGCAAGUUUUGCCUUAUUCCCUUCAAUCGCCGUGGUUGAAAGUCUAUUUAUGGAUGACUGAUCAGAAUCUAACUUCUCGCGGAAACUAACACACAGGACUAUUCUGAUGUUACAUGUGGCAGGACUUUGUUGUGUUAUUGAUUUAAAAAAAGUAUUUCUUGUUUUAUUUCUAUUUUGUAAAUUGUGAUUAGCUUGUGGCAGGUAGGCCGGUGUGAUAUUAAAUGACAAGACAAAGACUCAAGUAAAAAAAACAUUUAUUCAAACAGGAAAGGAUUAUUGGAGAAAAGGGCCUCAGUAAUAACAACAUUUCAAAUAUUAUAUAUAUUGUAUUUCUAACAUUAUUUCACAUUAUAUUAAUUGUAGUUCUAACAUUAUAUAACAUAUUUAUUGUAGUUCUAACAAUAUAUUAUAUAAUAUUGUAGUUCUAACAUCAUAAAACAUUAUAUUAAUUGUCUUUCUAACAUUACAUCGCAUAUAUAUUGUAGUUCUAACAUUAUAUUAUACAUAUAUAUUGUAAUUCUAACAUUAUAUAUAUAUAUAUAUAUAUAUAUAUAUAUAUAUAUAUAUAUAUAUAUUGAAGUUCUAACUUUAUAUUUAUUGUAGUUCUAACAUUAAAUAUAUUAUAGUUCUAACAGUAUAUAAUAUUUUUGAUCUAACAUUAUAUAUAUAUAUUUCAACUUGUUUCAACUUUAACAAAAAAGUCAACGUUAAAUAUUUGAUUCCCCGCAGCACCACAUCAUGGGCACUCAGUGACAGUUUUGAUAUGAUCUCAUCACCGCAGCACCACAUCAUGGGCACUCAGUGACAGUUUUGAUAUGAUCUCAUCAACUCCAACUAUUGAAUGACCUCAACCGUCUAGAUUGACUGUACUGCGUGGACUGCAUUGUUAGGGGUGAGAUCUAUAGACGUAACUUGUACUUUUACACUUGUUUGGAUAUGGAAUUAUAAUCGAUACACCGUUCGUCUGAAAAUAUAUUGAUUCGGUGAUGUCAUUGGUAGACGUUCAUCAAUUACGGGGAGAAUUCUUCAGUAGGACAGUGCCUGUCAAUUGUAAACAAAUGUACCGUGUUUAUAGCAGUGAAGUCCCAGUUUUGUACUUCAUAUUAGUGUGACGUUAGGACGUCAUGUCAUAUUGCUCGAGUAUCACGGAGCCGAAAGCAGUCGGAGACCGUCCACUAUCAGUUGUAUUACUACGCCUCACCACUGGUGUUUAGUUGUUUCCCCCCUAUGAAGUGUGGAUUUGGUCAGUUGCGUAACUGGGGGGGGGGGUUGUUGAGGGCCGCACUGGGUGACAUCCUAACAAUGGUGUGACACCCAGGGUUCCUCAUCCUCCUCAUCCUCAUGUCCCUUAGUCCUUGGACCGUUGGGGCGCCACAGAUGACAUGUGAACCAUCCUCCUCCAUUCCUCUCUGUCUUCAGCACUACGCGCUGCAUCGCCCAGUGUUAGUCCUGUCCACUCUUUGAUGUUAUCCUCCCAUCUUUUUCUUUGUCUUCCUCUUCUUCUCCCUCCUCUUGUGGUGCCCUGCAAUAUUUCUUUUGCACCCAGGGUUGCCAAUUCAAUAAAAUAUAAAUCGAGGGAUAACGAUUCCCAAUCUACACAUUUACCAACAAGCAACGUUUUUAGCACACAUGUUACAGUUGUGUUGUUCAAACAUUUAAGCCUUAAAAAAAUGAAACACCCUAAUGACUACUCUCUAUUUCUAUGACUACUUCCUGUUGCAAUGAAAACUAUGCCAUUUUACCAUGAGACUAUUUUUUUUUAAGGGUUGGUUUAUUCUAUGGCAGAUAUUUUUUUUUUCUAAUGUUUGUACAAUGCAUUCGUUUUUAAAAGAAAAAAAAUAUAUACGUUUUUACGGACAUUAACAAUAUGAACGACCAAAAAAAAAAAAAAAAGAGCCCUUUAAUUUUUUUUUUAAGGGUUUGUUUAUUCUAUGGCAGAUAUUUUUUUUUUCUAAUGUUUGUACAAUGCAUUCGUUUUUAAAAGAAAAAAAAUAUAUACGUUUUUACGGACAUUAACAAUAUGAACGACCAAAAAAAAAAAAAAAUGUGCCCUUUAAUGUCCACAAGAACUUUAAGUUUUGGGGUCAUGUUUUUUAAGGAAUGUUAGUAAAUGUUUACGGAGGGCUGACAACGCUGGUGACACCGAAGGGGAAAUUGAAAAUUUGAAAGAGCUCGCUCGAGUUGGUGUCAUAACAUAUCUAAGUAAAAUACCAGAGCAGUAUGCCACACGGGCAGGGUGCCAAUGGAAAGAGUUCCACCAGACUGAGUGCCAAAAGACUGAGUGCCAUCAGACAGACUGCCACCAGACUGAGUUCCACCAGAAAGAGUUCCACCAGACAGAAUGCCAAAAGACACUAGAGAGAAUAGUGCAGGGGUGGCAAACACGUGAUAUAUAUAAGAAUGAGCUAUGCUGACCGUAACACCCAAAAAAAAAAAUGAAAAUAUUUAAAUACAUUCGGAUUCUUAAAAACAAUCAUAGUUAUUUUCUAUUAUUUUACCGAAAUCGAAUAAAUUUAAAUGCGCAAAAAUAACAUAAAUACGCUUUUAAUUUAGUGACAGUUUAAGUAUUAUUAUUAUAAAUUACAAAUAAAUUUAAAGUAACAACUAAUGAACUAUUUUAAGCAUUUUAUCCGAUUUUAAAAGUUAUGGGGAAAAAUUUAAUUAAUAAAAAGAUUAUGAUCUAAGAAUUACAUCGUAAUCACAUUUUUGGGGAAAACCCAAAAAUCAGCAGUUUUUAGUGCGUUUUUUAGUGCGUUGUUUAUCUUGCGAAAUAAAAUUAAAAUCAAUUUGUUUUAAAUAAACACGCAAAUGACGUCAUAGUGUGAAUCGCCCGUGUUGGCCAAAACUCUUAAGUUUCUUUGAUUUAAUAACCGAGCGUUACAAAACUGAUAAUGUAUUUCCCCCUUCUUAAAAGUAAAAUUAAUAAAUGUAGUCUAAUCGAUUGUUUUUUUUAACUGUUUAUAAAACACACACAUUUUAGCUUUGUAUUUUUAACAUUUAAUAAGUUAUUUGCGUUUUUUGAUUUCCAAAAAUACACUUUUAUUAAAUUUAUAAUGUAAUAAAAACUUAACCUUUCAAUAUACUUCUAAUAAGAAAAUGCCGUUUAAGGUAAUCAGUGCAGCGAAACUCCAUAGCCAAAUAGUAUUCACUAAUUCACUUACAACUCAUCCAAAUAAGAACAAUCCAUAUGACGUGCAAACUAUGUUAGUUGGGGUGUGGAAGGGACUACAAUCCGGUGGAAGAUUUUAUUAAUUCUAUUUAAAUCGUGGGUGGGGGAGGUGGGUGGUCAUUUUGCCCCAGGCAGUACAAGAUACGUCUCAAAAUAAAGGAAUGAAUUUGAUAAAUAAUUAUUCUUCUUGGGUACAUACAUAUCGGAGGUAGGAAAUAGGAUGCAUACAUUUUUACGUGGAUGAGAAUAUAUUUAAAUCCUAUGGUAUUACAUUUGUGAACAAAGAGUUGUUGCAUUCUCUUUUUACAAAUAAACAUAUGUUUACCAAUUAAUAAAAUCAAUGGCGUUAACAAAACGUGGUAUAUUUAUAUUAGUAUACUCAUGAAUAUCAAAACCCAUGCAUUUUUCACAAUUGAAAAUUUAAUGUUGAAAAAUGGAGAUGAUUUAGACCUAAUAUUUAAUUUUCUUUCUUUUUUUUUUUUUUUUUUUUUUUUUUUUUUUUUUUUUUUUUUUUUAAUUAAAAUAUAUUUUCGUUUUUACUUUGCGAAAAGUAAAGUGGGGUGACUUUUUACGAGAUUAACAAUUUAAAAAACAAAAGGCACUCAUAGGCGUGAAAAAUGGUUGCGAGUUUCUUCUUUAGAUAAAAUAAUUCUUUGUUUUACGAUUUUCUGAUAAUGUAUAAUUUAAAAAAAAAAAAACAAUGCAAAAGUGUGUUUAAAGUUUUGAUGAAGAUAUCAAUAUAUUAAAUUUUAGAUAAAAUAAUUCUUUGUUUUACUAUUUUAUGAUAAUGUAUAAUUUAAAAAAAAAAAAAAACAAUGCAAAAGUGUGUUUAAAGUUUUGAUGAAGAUAUCAAUAUAUCAAAUUCCUUUAAUAUAAAAUAUAUACCGGUACAUCAUAUAUAGAGUUUUUGUUGUAAAUUUAAGAUUAUGUUUUUAAAAAUUUUUUGGAGAAAAAACAAUUUUAAUUCAAGGGCACGAAAAGAGGUAAAUCUUAAGUAUUUCUCUGGCGUAGAAAUUGUCCUUCAAUAAUUUCUUUAGUUACAAAAGUGAUAAAAUUAUGAAUAAUUUAGAUUUGUUAAUUUAAGGUCGUGUUUAGAGGGGGGGGUGAGUAAUUUAGGGGCGUGAAAGGGAGUAGGGUAGGCGUAUAACAUAUAGCAGAUAAAUACUUCUCAAAACUCAAUGAUGCUAGAAACGUAAAUAUCAUUACAUAGAUACUUCUUUUUAAAGUUAGGAAUUGUGAUGAGUUUGUGCAAUAGCAGGUAGACAUUUUCGCAAAGGACCUACCAUUACUAUCCCGAUAACAUCGGGUCAUUUAUUCUAGUGUUAAAUAUUGUGCUCCGCGGUCUAAACUAAGUCAAUCACAAGUUUGUGGACUGGAGUUCCAGCAAAAGCCUAGACGAGCAAAAACAACACCAGCAAACACUUGUGGAUGGGACUCGUUAACCUUGGACAGCAACUCAUCCAAGAGAAGGCAAACUCCGAAAUCAAACCCAGAGAUGGGGUCCCCUAGGCGGUAUGACAUUGACACAAUGAAAUUUCUGACAAACUACCGCGACGUAGACUGCAUAAAGAGCACUGUGAAACUCACAAGACACACUGCUGCUGGGACAACAUAUCUGGGUGAAAAGUGGGACAACAUAUCUGGGUGAAAAGUGGGAAAACAUAUCUGGUAGAAGAAAAUGGCAUCAAUCAACACGUUAGACUAUAUUCUUUUUUAAAUCAUGAAAAAAAAUAUUUUGGAACUCGGAGCAGUAAGAAUUUUGACCAGCUCCAGCAUUUCACCUUGCCCCGGAGCUCAGAGCUAAGCUCCGCUCCAAAUCCCUGAUAUAAUGAAUAUGAUUUAAUUUUACAACAUUAUUAACUAGUUGUUUGUUUUUUUACUGUCUGUCUUAGGUAGAUUCCCACUAUGGAGUCAGAUGUGGCCAUUGUUCGGGCGAUCCUGAGACAAAAUGAAUUCUUACUGCGACGCCAUCUGGUCCUGUCGAAAACAGUUUUAGAUAACCUGAAAAGUAACGGUCUAAUUACUGACGUCACCAGGAGGAAAAUCUUGGUGAGCCUUUCGGUAAAAGGGAAGUAGGGUGAGAAAAUGAGAAAGAUGCGUGGCAGGAGGGGGGUAGGUGCGUAUGUAGCAGAUGUAUGGAAGAUAUAGGCAAUGAUUCCUUUAGACAUUUUCCUGGGGGGGGGUAUAAUUUCGGGUGGGCAGUAACAGUUGUAAGAUAGUGAAAAUGGGGGGGGGGGGGCUGGGGGGGACGGAAAACCCCGGNGACUAGCGGGUCUGCACUAUUGGGCUUUGAUGGUAUUUAGUACAAGAAAAUAAUAGGUUUCAGAGUUGGGGGGGGGGAGCGUGAAACUGAAUGUUGUCCCCUAGCGUUAAACAAAAUACUCUACGGGGUCACAACACACAUGCCGAGAACUGCUGCUCUAACCAGAUUUGUCUUACUAUACGGAUCAUGAAGUAUAUGGAACGUAAGGAUAUCUCAUAGGCUUCACCAAUUGUAAUCGGUUGAUGGCACCAGUUUAAAAAAAAAUUAAAUUGUUAUACAAUAAUUUUUAAUUUAGUAUUUUUUAAAUAACAUAUAUAUUUAUUCAUCAUUGUACACAUUAAUUCUCCGGGGGCAAGGGCGGGGGCAGUUGACUUUUCCGGGGGCACUACCUCCCUCCCCAGAGAGAUGCCUGGAAGAAACACCGGAUGUUGGGAGGGUGAGUGAGUGGAGAGUGUCGGGCAGGUGUGUGGAGUGAUGUGGAAUAUGUGUGUGGAAGGUUUGUGAAAGGUAUGGAGUUGGUGUGUUAAAUGUGUAAAUUAGGUGUGUGUGAUGGUGUGGAGUUGGUGUGUUAAAUAUGUAAAUCAGGUGUGUGAAAAGGUGUGGAGUUGGUGUAUUAAAUGUGUAAAUCAGAUGUGUGUAAAGGUGUGGAGUUGGUGUGUUAAAUGUGUAAAUCAUGUGUAUGUAAAGGUAUGGAGUUGAUGUAUUAAAUGUGUAAAUCAGGUGUGUGUAAAGGUGUGGAACUGGUGUGAUAAAUGUGUAAAUCAGGUCUGUGUAAAGGUGUGGAGUUUGUGUAUUAAAUAUGUAAAUCAGAUAUGUGUAAAGGUGUGGAGUUGGUGUGUUAGAUGUGUAAAUCAGGUGUGUGUAAAGGUUUGUAGGAGGUGGAGAGUAGAUAUGUGAAAUCUGCGUAUACUUUGUGAGAGGUAAUCACGUACAAGGUUUGGAGCAUUUCAAUUAAAAAUAGAUUUUGAAGGGUUAACUAAAGAAACUGAGAAUAGUAACGAACGAAAUCUUCUCCAUUAAAACCGUGACCAGUAGCAUGUUAGAGUCGAAGCUAGCAGUUCUACCGACCAAAAAUUUAUAAAGAACCUGGAGAAUCCACUGACCAAAUAUAACCUUCAAUGAAGAACUGAGGCGUCUCAGAAGAAAUUCAAUCAUUGCAGAUAUCGUUGGAGUACCGGUACCGGUACCGGAGAUGAAUCGACCAUAUUUUUAAACUGCCAACAAGCUUAUUUCCCGGGACAGCACAAAACUGCUACGAAAAGAAAAGGGGAAAUAAUGCCGAUGAAGGCCCAAAGAAAUCCUUCAGAGACCGAUAAAGACUAGUCUACAGCAUGUAAACCUGCGGAAAGCUCCGACAGAAUUAGUUGAAAGACAGAAGUGGAGUACCUCCAUGUGUUUCAAGGCUGCCCUGGCACCCGCUAGGAGCCGAUAGGAUGGCCGCAACGUUUCCCAAACUGUUGCACAUAGGCCAGUGCAUGACUGCAGCAAUGUAGCCUAUCAGAAUCCUUGGUCGAUGCUCUAUUCACCAGCCGAUGAGCAGGACUGAAGGAAUAUUUCUUUAAACAAAACGGUGAAAUCAAUGACAAUGACAAUGUGGAAUUCGAAAAAAAACCUCUCUCUCUAUAUAUAUACAUAUAUAUUUAUAUAUAUAUGUGGGUGUGUGUGUGGGUGCGUGUGUGUGUGUGCGUGCAUGUGUGUGUGUGUGUGUGUAAAAUAUAUGUAAAUCUGAGCUGUGCAAUUUUGUUGGUUGGUAAAAAAUUAAGAAUAACGGUGAUCGGGUGAAACAGUUCCAGUCUCAAAUAGCCACGGUUAAAAACAUUUUUAGCAAAUUUGGAGAUCCAUUUUGUGCUGACCUAAUUGAACCAUCCGACAUAACCCAACCUUUGACACCGCGUCUCACCACAUCUUACACUAAGUCCAAGCUCUGAUGCUCAAUUCGCACGAUCAGAUUUUCGUCAAAUUUGAAGCACAUUUCUUUUUCAAAACACUAUUUUGUUUUACUUAAGAAGUGAGUUCAAAAAGAAAUUUGACGAAACUCUGAUCGUGUGCACUGAGCAUGAGAGUACAUAAUAAAUAAUGACCCUUAAUGUCUUCUUCAUUGGUUCUCAAAAUAUCUUUUUUGUUAUUUCUAAUAAUGGAGAAAUUUCCCUUUCCCGUAAUCCACUUCAGUUAGAGCCAGCUCAUAAGCAGGUUCCUGUUCUCAUUGGAUGUUUGGAGAACAGGGGCAUUACGUCACUGAAGAAGUUUCUAGAAGUUCUCCGUAGCACGGGGCACGGUUGGAUCGUGGACCAUAUUCUGGAUACAGAUGUCAGUGCUGGUGCAGGGGUAAGUUCGGUGGCGCUGAGGUAAUAUAUUUUAUGGCGCUGGGAUAAACCAGUUCAGUGGUGCUGGGGAAAUAUAUUUUAUGGUGCUGGGAUAAACAGUUCGGUGGUGCUAGGGCUAAUUGAAACAGCAACCGCGACUGAGUUAAUUUAAGAAAUUACUAUGGAUUAUUUCAACUGGACUCAUUGAGCUCAAGAUUAACUAUGCAUUAGUAACCCAGAUUGUGGGUUCUUUUGGGGGCGGAAAGGUGGAGCAGUGAUUAUUUCAGAAAUUUCCCCCCAGGGGUGGGGGGCACUUCAGAUUUUUCGGGAGGGGGCACAGUGCCAGCAGUGCCAGUUGAUUUAUUGUUGGACAUAUUUUUGCUCCGGGGGGCACUUGGCUUUCCCCGGGGGGGGGGGGGAAACAGCCCCCCCCCCGGGGAUAUAGCUGAAAGAAACCCUGUGGUGGAGGAUCACAAUUCAUGCUGUAAGUUGUUUUUGAAACAACAAAGAAAAAAAAUUAUUAAACACCUAUCAUGGAUUGUUGCUUUUCCGGAUUUUUAAAACUUGUAUUGCUGUCUUCCUUUCGUCACGUCCUAAUCAAUAACACUAUCUUUACUGUUUGGGUAAGGGUAGAGAUAAGUCAUUAGAAGUGACCCGUUAGUAAAAACUCAGCAAUAAAAUGAAUGAAAUAAAAUUAGCUCCCAAGUUAGAUUCAGGUGAGCUUACAAAGUACGUCUGUUUUCAGAGAGGAAAAAGUAUGGACGACAUAGGGCACCGGUACAGAGCCAGCCACACGAGGCAGCAAAACCUGGCCAACGAUUACUUCAGCAACAGGCGAAACAAAUAUGACCUUCAGAGGUCGGACAACCGGAAGAGCCUUACUGCGUACAGCGGUGGCUACGAAAAUGGAAUGUCCCUGGGGUCCUUGCUGAAAGCAAGGUGAAGGACGAUGAUGAUGAGUUUGUUGUUUAUUUAAAAAUCUGCUUCUAAAAAGGUUUCAAUUUCGCAAAUAUGUUUUUGAUGACAUUGCGGAGGGAAGACACUGAAUUUGUUGACCGAAGUUUUACCCACAGCUUGGGGUCAAAAUUAGUGUAAUUCAAUAUAUUAAAGUUUGAUCUUGACCAGUGCCGUAGCUAGGGUUGGGGUCACCCGGUGCUGUAAACUCAUGGUGUCCCCCCCCCCCCCCAAAAAAAAAAAAACCAAUUCCAUUAUGGAUUUCUUCUUGUUAAAAUAAGCCAACAGUAUAACAAUGACAAGAGCAGAAACAAGUUAAUUGAAGGUUAGGGGGUAAAUUUAUUUAGCAACUAUUACAUGCACUUGGAAUCGUGCGACCACAUGGUAUUUGGUAUCAAAGGAAAGCCUUAUUUUUUUCAGAAUUUAGAUGAAUCAAACUUCCGGUCACUUCAGAAAGUUACCGGACACUUCUGACGGCGUUGCAUCACGUCCAGAACGGUGUUUUUCUGACCUAGUUAUAGCGUCGCCUCAUUUCUGACGCAUCAACUUUUAAUUGGUUGCAUGUUUUGAACAAUUACGUGAGAUCGUUUAUCCUUUUAAGAAGUUCGAUUAGACCGAGCAGUGGGAGCUCUGUCAGACCGAGCAGUGGGAGCUCUGUCAGACCGAGCAGUGGGAGCUCUGUCAGACCGAGCAGUGGGAGCUCUGUCAGACCGAGCAGUGGGAGCUCUGUCAGACCGAGCAGUGGGAGCUCUGUCAGACCGAGCAGUAGGAGCUCUGUCAGACCGAGCAGUGGGAGCUCUGUCAGACCGAGCAGUGGGAGCUCUGGGAAAAUGCCAUUUUUCAAUUGAGAUGGUUUCAUCCUGUGGGGUCCUCAUCCCCCUGAACCCCCUUAGCUACGCCACUGAUCUUGACUAAUUAUUGUGAAACUAGCAGCAUAACUGUGUUGUCGCUAAGAUUGCAAACAUUGAACUGUUUAUCUUUUUACAAACACUGAACUGUUUAUCAAACAGAGAGCCCGUGGACGAGCCAGAAUUGGCCGCAAGGGGAACAAUUCAUGCAAGAACACUCUUGGCUGACUCUAUGACAAUGGCGGGUCAAGCUGGACGUCUGCCUGGUCUGCCCAGUCACCAUCCAGUGCCCUUCCCCCGAGUUAGGGAGGAAAUCCCGCUAACAUUAUACGGCUUGAAUCAAGUAGGUCAUCUUAUGUACCUCAUUAAGUAGGUCCUCUAAUGUAUCUCAUUAAGUAGGUCAUCUUAUGUACUUCAUUAAGUAGAUCAUCUUAUGUACCUCAUUAAGCAGAUCAUUUUAUGUAUCUGUUAAGUAGGAAACUUGUGUACCUUAUUGAAUAUGCCAUCUUAUGUACAUUGUUAAAUAGUACAUCUUAUUAAAUAGAACAUAUUAUGUACCUUAUUAAAUAGGACAUAUUUUGUACCUUAUUAAAUUGGACAUCUUAUGUACAGUAUACACUCAACGUUUAAAACAUAUCGUAAUUUAAAACCUAAUGUAAUGAACCAUGAUUUCGUUUAAGCGUGCAAAUUAAAUACAGUUAGUUGUAAAAAUAGUAUCGACCUCAUAGUGCCACUUACUUAACCUAACUCACUUCGUAAUACGAAGCAAUGGCAAACAAAUCCACACAUCUGCCAAUUAAAUUCUUAUUACAAGCUAAAAACUCUUAACACUUCCUACUAUAUCGUAACACACCCUACUAUAACUUAACACACCGUACUAUAUCUUUACACACCGUACUAUAUCUUUACACAUCCUACUAUUUCUAGGGGACAUAAACAAUAUACCUUUCAAGCGAGUCAUCGGCAAUCGAAGAAAUCAAAAAGAUUUUUAACAAAUAUAUAGUAAUUUAAAAACAAAACGGUAUAUCACGGAUCCAUCAUAUUUUGAACUAUUUAAAGUCCUCUUCAGUCUUAGCUGCAUGUGUACAACAAUGUCACAUUCUCUGUGCUUAAUUCCAACCAUUCUCUGUGCUAAAGAUCCACCUUUCUCUGUGCUAAAGACCCACCUUUCUCUGUGCUAAAGACCCACCUUUCUCUGUGCUAAAGACCCACCUUUCUCUGUGCUAAAGACCCACCUUUCUCUGUGCUAAAGACCCACCUUUCUCUGUGCUAAAGACCCACCUUUCUCUGUGCUAAAGAUCCACCAUUCUCUGUGCUAAAGACCCACCUUUCUCUGUGCUAAAGACCCACCUUUCUCUGUGCUAAAGACCCACCUUUCUCUGUGCUAAAGACCCACCUUUCUCUGUGCUACAGACCCACCUUUCUCUGUGCUAAAGACCCACCUUUCUCUGUGCUAAAGACCCACCUUUCUCUGUGCUAAAGACCCCCCUUUCUCUGUGCUAAAGAUCCACCUUUCUCUGUGCUAAAGACCCCCCUUUCUCUGUGCUAAAGAUCCUCCUUUCUCUGUGCUAAAGACCCACCUUUCUCUGUGCUAAAGAUCCACCUUUCUCUGUGCUAAAGAUCCUCCUUUCUCUGUGCUAAAGACCCACCUUUCUCUGUGCUAAAGACCCACCAUUCUCUGUGCUUAAGACCCACCUUUCUCUGUGCUAAAGAUCCAUCAUUCUCUCUGCUUACGACUGAUCAUUUUUAUGCUAAGGAUUCACCAUUCCCUGUGCUCAUGACCCACUGGGCUAAAGACGCACCCUUUUCCGAGCUCAAAACUUACCAUUCUCUGUGCUAAAGACCCACCAUUCUCUGAGCUGAAGACGCACCCUUCUCUGUGCUAAACUCUCCUUAUUCUCUGUACUACAGACAUACAAUUCUAUGUAAUAAGACCCACUAUCUCUGAGCUAUAGACGUAACAUUCCUUUGACCAAGACCCAUUGUUCUCUGUGCAGGCCUUCUCCGACCAGGACCAACACAACCAGCAGGCCAUGUCCGUGCUGAGGCAAGAGGAGAUCGCCAUCCGCCAGCUGAUGGAGCAGAACGCCAGAGAUCAAGGCAACGUGAGGCGGAAGCAGGCAGCCGUCCAGGACAUCGUGGGGCGCCUCAAGGAGAUCCACAACCGGGCCAAGGAUGUCUACGAGCCCUCUCCCCACCCCAACAUUGGACGGUACAGACUUGCUCAGCUGAAUCAAAUACCCUGGUCAAUCGAUGGUUAACUACACGCUUCAUAUCACAUGAUCACAUGGAUAUUCAAACUACACACUUCAUAUCAAAUUUCAUAUCACAUAGAUAGUAAACUACACAAUUUAUAUCAAAUGGAUAGUCAUAAAACACAAUGCAGAUCCUUUGGCCAAACUACCAGUUACACUACACACUUCAGAUCAUAUUGAUAGUUGAACGGCCAACCCCACCACACCCUUUCACAUGUCAUGAACCUUGUCAUGCAAUGUUCCAUUGCGUUUAUAUAGGCUACAUCAAAAGGUUCACGUCAUACUGUCAAUCAAUAAACUAUAUGGUUACUUUAUUUAUGAUGCACGACUUACUAUGUCAACCAUUUCACUUAAGUGUCACAUGAUGUCAAAUGUAUUUUUUAACGUAAUCCCAUACAUAUUCAAUCAUAUAUUUUAAUCUCAUAUAAUGUCUACCCUGUUCCUUACGUCCCAUAAUGAAUAAUGUCAUAUGGGGGCCAUCCAAUAAAGACGUGACGCCAUAUGGGCCAAUUUUGGGAACCCCCCCCCCCACAACCCAUUGUCAUACAAUUUGUAACAUAGUUUAGAUACCCUCGUAAUAAAUGGUGACAAUUUCAAGAUCGUCAACCCACGUAGGUGUAUGACGUUAUUUGUGGAUGACCCUUAUUAUGUCAUAUAUAAUGCCAUAUAACUUUACUUAAUGAAGAUUAAUGUCAUAAAAUGUCCCUUGACGUCAUAAAAAUGUCUUUUAAUGUCAUAUGAUGUGGUCAUUGUGCCACAUGAAAUGUGUGAUUCUUAUGAUACAAGUCCCAAUGGCACACAGAAGUAAAAACAUUGGAAUGGCGAAGUAAAGUCGAUAUUCAUCUUCCAGUGAACUUUGUCAUGGUUGUCACAUGAUUACAAAAAUAAUGAUUAAUGUAAGAUAGAGAAGAUUAUAUGUUGUAGAAUUUUAAUCACGUUAAUAUGGUUAGGGGUAAAAAAAAAAAAAAAAAGCUAAAACACAAUUCAGUGUGCUUCGUAUUUUUCAUGUAAAAAAUCUUUUAAAAAAAUUAAUUCAGAAUUCAGUUGCAAACAACAAUUUUAAAAAACUUUAUUUGUGGUUUAGUAUUUCAAAUAUUUAGCAAAUAGAUCAGGUGUGGAGGACUCCGUCAUUUAAAACUUUUAAACAUACUGGAGUACAUGUCGUGGACCAAAAGUAGCAUUGGCAUGUAACAAAACAUGCUAGCCUUGCAGAAGUCCACAAGACUCUUUACAUACACACCACCCACACCCGGUCCGUAUUUUCCCUCUUUUGAACGACCCCCCCCCCCAACCUGGUCCGUAUUUUCCCUAUUUUGAAUGACAUCCCCCCAAGCCCCGCCCAAUCUUCCAUCUUUGUGAAUAUACUUUAUGAACGACCUCUAACGCUAAUAGAGGGAAAAAAAAAUCUGACUUUCGUUUUCCUGUUGCUUGAGUUACUAAACAACUUUUUAAUUGCUAAAAGUGUAAAUGGGAUUGCAACUGACUUGAAGAAUAAAAUACUAAAUACUAUUCUACAACAAAUUUGUUUCCAACUGGUUUGAAGAAUAAAAUACUAGAUAUUAUUCUACAAUUCACUUUUUUUUUUUUCAACUGGCUUGAAGAAUAAAAUACUAGAUAUUAUUCGACAAUUCACUUUUU